AUUGGGAUCAGCAUUUGUCCCUGAUAGUUAAUUAUAAUAGGCUGUAGCGGUGCCAUUCCGGUUCGCAUCAGGAGCCUUCAUGCAGGUGUGAAGCUCCUCCUUUUGCUCUUCCAUUUUGAUUGGAACAAGGCAACCUUGUUGCAGCUGGCAGCAAAAAUGGACGCGCUGCUUUCGACUGAGGGGUUUUUGGAGGGGUUUGGAAAGGCCACCUCCAUGAUCAUCUUUUCUGAGAUUGGUGACAAGACGUUCUUCAUAGCUGCUCUGAUGGGCAUGGCCCACCCAUUCCACAUCAUCUUCUUGGGUUGUGGGGGCGCUCUUUGGAUCAUGACUCUGCUGUCAGUGGCCCUAGGCUGGGCAGCGCCGACGCUGAUUCCAGCGGACGUCACGCACUACUUAGCCACCGUGUUAUUCUUCGGAUUCGGGUUGAAGUCGCUGUAUGACGCCUUCACGGGGGAAGGGGAGAGUGGAGAGUUGGCAGAGGUUGAGGAGCUCGUGGGUGGAAAUAGCAAAGCCGUCAAAAUUGGCAAAGAGAACGGGGAGGAGAAGUCCAAGGAGAAGCCGCUCCUUAGGAGUAUGUUUUGGUUCUUGUCACCCGUCUUUUUGAAGGCAUUCUCGCUCACCUUCUUCGGGGAAUGGGGUGAUCGGAGCCAGAUUGCGACCAUCGGUUUGGCGGCCCAGGACAGCCCGCUCGGGGUCGCGGCAGGGGGCUGCUUGGGGCAUGCCCUGUGUACCGGUGCUGCUAUCUUGGGGGGCAGGCACCUCGCAUCCAGGAUUUCGGAGAAGAUGGUCGGAAUCUGCGGAGGCAUGUUGUUCCUGGCGUUCGGGGUCCACGAGUUGCUCCAAGGCGUCGAGACAACGAAGUAGGCACCAACAGACUACCUUUCGCGGUUCAAGAUAGACUGUGGUGGUGGAGAUCUCAGAAUGCAUCGAUGCAACAUCGAACGCACAGUGCAGAGAUGCAGAUCGACAGCUCAUUGAAAAGGGGAACGUUGAAAACAUUUUGCGAGAUCGAGAAUCGCAUCUUCGGAUCAGAGCAUUGCGUGUGCUCCACUUGAUCCAGUAGGAGCUAAUUUCAGCUCCUUGAAUUUCUUUCGAAGGUCGAGGAAGAGCAGAGGUUUUAGAUUGCUUCGUAAGGCUUAUCUUUUGAUGGAAGUUCCAGCUGAUUGUCUAUGGUCUUGGUCGGUGUGCAUUGGCUCAGGGACUACUUUUGAUGGUGCAAAUUGGCGGCUACUAUUAGCUUAAUUGGCAGGCUAAGGUUGGA